GUGACGUUCGACGUCUUGGACACAGACUUCGACAUCAUUUUGGGCAUGCCUUGGCUCGCAAGUGCGGAUCACACGGUCAACUUCCAUCGGCGGACACUUACGGUUCGCGACGCGUUUGGCGCCGAAGUACCAUGUACGAUUCCCCCUCCGCACCCUUCGAUUCGGUGCCAAGUUGUAACCGCCAAGUCUUUUCGGGCCACUUGCGCUUACGAGCGGACCGAAGAGAUCGGCUUACGUUUUCUUCGAACCGUCGCGGUAGCCGACUCUCAACCUACGGACUUGUCUUCAGACCCCCGGGUGGUGCGGUUGCUCGACGAAUUUGCCGAUGUCUUCGAGUCACCUACCGGCGUGGUGCCGGAUCGGCCGAUCUCACACGAGAUCAUUCUUGAGGCCGGUGCCGUGCCGCCGAAAGGUUGCAUUUACCGCAUGAGCGAGGAGAAACUUACAGUACUCCGCGCGCAGCUCGACGACUUGUUGGACAAAGGCUGGAUCCGGCCUAGUAGCUCACCCUAUGGUGCGCCGAUUCUCUUCGUUCGGAAGAAGAACAAGGAUCUUCGCCUAUGCAUCGACUAUCGCAAGCUCAAUGCGCAAACCGUCAAGAACGCGGGACCCCUUCCUCGUAUUGAUGACCUUCUGGAGCGCUUGGGCGGUGCAAAUUUUUUUUCCAAAUUGGAUUUGAAGUCGGGAUAUCAUCAAAUCUCGAUUCGACCGCAAAAUCGCUACAAGACCGCGUUCAAAACACGGUACGGGCACUUCGAGUGGGUUGUUAUGCCUUUUGGACUCACCAACGCCCCGACGACUUUUCAAGCAGCAAUGACCAACGAGUUCCGCGCAAUGUUGGACCGGUUCGUGCUGGUCUACUUGGACGACAUCCUUGUCUAUAGCCGGACCUUGGAGGAACAUCUUGACCAUCUUCGACGAGUGUUGGAGACACUCCGGCACGCCAAGUUCAAAGCCAACCGCGACAAGUGCGAGUUCGUGCGUCAAGAGUUGGAAUACUUGGGCCACUUCGUCACUCCCCAAGGCAUCAGUCCGUUGUCGGACAAGAUUCAAGCCGUCCAAGAUUGGCCGGAGCCACGGAACGUCACGGAUGUCCGAUCAUUCCUUGGCCUCGCCGGCUACUACCAACGCUUCAUCAAAGGCUACUCGAAGAUCGCGGCUCACUUAACCAAGCUUCAAUGCGAGGACCGGCCGUUUGACUUCGGGACGGACGCGCAGGAAUCAUUCUUGGCCCUCAAGGCCGCAUUGCUUUCCUCGGAGGUAUUGCGGAUAUACGACCCGCUAUUGCCAACACGCGUCACCACGGACGCAUCCGGCUAUGGCAUUGGUGCCGUCCUCGAGCAACAUGACGGCGUGGAUUGGCACCCGGUCGAAUAUUUCAGCAAGAAAGUGUCGGCCGUGCACUCCAUCGACGAUGCACGUAAGAAGGAACUUUUCGCCUUCGUCCAUGCACUAAAGCGAUGGCGGCACUUCCUCCUCGGUCGACGCCAGUUCCGAUGGGUAACGGACAACAAUCCGUUGGUCUUCUACAAGUCGCAAGAUACCGUCAACAACACAAUUGCCCGUUGGAUGGCCUUCAUCGACCAAUUCAACUCCUUUCCCGACCACAUUCCGGGGAAGUCGAACCGCUUUGCGGAUGCCCUCUCGCGGCGUCCGGACCACUCCACCGCGGUCUACUCAACCUUUGAGAUCGAGGACGACUUGCGGGACAGCUUCAUCCACGGCUAUCAAGCCGACCCCAAGUUUCGCGACAAGUACGCAAACUCUUCCUCUCCCAAUCCGACGCCUUCGCACUAUCGGAUACAAGAGGGAUACUUGCUUCUUCAUUCGCAGGGGAAGGAUCUUCUUUGUGUGCCGCAAGAUUCACAUUUGCGCACCCGGCUUCUUGGCGAGUUCCACGACUCCCCCGCCACUGGACACUUUGGAGUCAAUCGUACGAUUGGCCGACUACGCGAGCGCUUUUGGUGGCCCGGUCUCCUCGACGACGUCACACGCUAUUGCGAGUCAUGCAAAGUUUGCCGACGUUGCAAACCUCGCAAUCAUCGUCCUUAUGGCGAACUGCGACCAUUGUCGGUCCCCUUGCGCCGAAGGGAAGCGAUUGCCAUGGAUAUCACCGGGCCGUUCCCCAAGCACAAGACGGGCGUCGAUGUGAUUCUCACGGUGGUUGACCGCCUCACCAAGUUUGCCAUGUUCUUGCCUUGCCGCUAUCACGCCAAGGCACCGGAGUUGGCCGAGGUUCUCUACGCCGGUUGGAUUCGAACCAAGGGUUACCCCAAGGAGAUCGUCUGCGACCGCGACACUCGGUUUAUGUCCGAUUUUUGGUUGGCGCUCAUCAAACGAUGUGGCUCAUCCCUCAAGCCAAGUUCGGCUCGCCACCCCCAAACCGAUGGCCAAACGGAGAGGGCACAUCAGACCGCACAGGUCCUCCUUCGAACUCUCAUCUGUCCCGACCUGAAAGAUUGGGUUGAGCGGCUGCCAGAUGUCGAGUUGGCAUACAACUCGUCCAUCCAUCCGGCUAUCGGGAUAUCGCCCUUUGAGUUCGAGCAUGGCUCGCCGGUCAAUUCUCCGUUGGACACAAUCCUCCCACGGACGACCGAGAGCGACGACCACCUCCUCUUCAUUCGUCGGAUGCAAGAGCUUUUUGUCAAGGCACGUGACCAGAUGGCAAAGACGCAGCAACGUAUGCGCCAACAGGCCAACCGCCAACGUCUUCCUUGUCCAUUCCGCGCCGGCGACCUCCUAUGGGUUUCCGCUGCGGAAUUCAGCCUCGAACAAGAUAUCUCUCGCAAGCUCCUUCCGAAAUGGAUGGGGCCCUGGCCGAUCGUGGCACCCGCUGGGGACGCACCCGAAGGACCUUCGUUCAUCAUUCAGGUGCCUGCCCACUUGCCCGUCAACCCGGUCUUUCAUUGUUUCAAGUUGGCCCUCUACACGCCAGCGGAACUUGACGACUUCCCUGGGCGACGAUCGCAAGACCCACCCUCGAUGGAUGGUUUCCAAGAGGUUGGUGACAUCAUUUCCCAGCGACGUUACGGCAACAGGCCGACUGAAUUUUUGGUCCAGUUUGCAUAUUACACCCAUAGAGCUGACCGAUGGCUGACUCGUGCGGAACUUCAAGCAAAAGCGCCCGAUGCUCUCGCACGCUAUGAACAGAAGCUAAAAGGCAAGCCGGCAUCUUCGGCUCCACGCCGUACCCGCAUCCAAGUACCGCCUUCAGAUCGGCAGCUUCGCCCCCGACCGGCUUGACUUCAUAAGGAGGGGGGGUGUUGCAUGCUGAGCCUGCACACG